GAAAAAUAAAUUUUUGAAUAUCGAUUGAAAUGAAUCAUCCCUUUUGUCAUUUAUCAAAAAAAAAAUAUCCAAAAAAUAAUAAAGGGGUUUGAACUCAUGUCCAACACACCUCACUCAUGAGUACAAACUCUUCUCAAUGAAGGAAAACGAGAAGAUUGAGGAAAUGUUUGAGAGGUUCUCUAACAUCAUCAAUCCUCUCAAUCUUCUCGGGAAAACAUACACCGACCGAGAACUCGUGAGAAGGGUGUUACGAAGCUUAUCCCCAAAAUGGAGUUCAAAGGUGGAUGCAAUCAAAGAAGGUCGUGACUUCCAAACAACGACCUAUGAUGCUCUUCGAGGUAAACUUAUUACCUACGAAACCACCCAACUCUCAAAGGUGGUUGAAGAGAGGAACAAGAGGUCUAUUGCUCUACCCGCAAAAACAUCAACCCACAACAACGUUGAUGAUGAAGAUGAUGACAGCGACGACACCAACCUCGGACUCUUUGUCCGAAAAUUCAAGAAGAUGAUGCUCAAGAAGGGAGCCAAGAAAAACACUCCACCCAAGUGCUAUGGGUGUGGUGAAAUUGGGAACAUCAAACCAAUGUGUCCGAAGCUCAAGAACGAGAAGGACAAGAGGGCACCGAAGAAGCAACGUGCCUACAUUUCUUGGGAGAACGAUGGCUCCGGGAGUGAAGACUCGGAAAUGGAGGAAGUGGCCAACUUGUGUCUCAUGGCCAUUGAGGAUGGUGAAACAUCAAAAGAGGUCACAUUGCACCCGUGUGCUUCACCAAAAUUAGGCAUUUCCAACUGAAAGGUAACCACUGUUGGGAGGGCAACGGAAAUACAAAAAUUUAAGCUCCCAAUAGUGAUUACUAGCCCAAGAAUACGUACUAAAACUAUAGCUAGAGAUAAAAACUUAUACCUUCACCGAUAAAGCGGUAUGAAUGAGAAGUCGAGCAAAAGAUGUUGAAGGAGCAAACGUAGCCGUUCAAGCGUCCGGCCUCCAACUUUGACACACGAACAAUCUCCGGAGUCUACUAUAAUCUUUAUGCUAGUAAAGAUUAUAAUAGUAU